GCGCGGCCGGGGCGGGUGGGGGUCCAGGAUCCUGGGGAACGGAGUCGGAGCAGAAGGGAAGGUGCAGAGCCCCGGGGAGGAGGCGGCGGACGCCGAGAGGGACACCUGGGACAGAGACGGACAGGGCCACCCCUCCCGGAUAGACCCAGGCUGGCACGGGGCCCAGACCGCCCGGGUCUGCGCUCCUGGUGUCCCCCACAGCAGGACAGGGACAUCUCUCCUCCCGAGAGGUUAUUCUCCUGGUUCACUGGCUGUUGACAACCUGGGCCUGCUUGGUGUUCUCAGGCUCCUAUGCUUGGGGCAACUUCACUAUCCUGGCCCUGGGUGUGUGGGCUGUGGCCCAGCGGGACUCUAUUGAUGCCAUAGGCAUGUUUCUUGGUGGCUUGGUUGCCACCAUCUUCCUGGACAUUAUCUACAUUAGCAUCUUCUACUCAAGUUUUGCUGUUGGGGACACUGGCCGCUUCGGCGCCGGCAUGGCCAUCCUCAGCUUGCUGCUGAAGCCCUUCUCUUGCUGCCUCAUCUACCACAUGCACCGUGAACGAGGGGGCGAGCUCCCCCUCCGCCCGGAUUUUUUCGGACCUUCUCAGGAGCAUAGUGCCUACCAGACAAUUGACUCAUCGGACUCACCUGCAGACCGCUUUGCAAGCCUGGAGAACAAGGGCCAAGUACCCCGGGGGUACUGAAGCUGUCCCCGGCUGUCCUGGCGCCCAGCAGGAUGCUUGUCACCUUCUUUACCUGGACCUACAAUGGGGCAUCCUCCAUUCCCUACCACAGAGGUGGCCUGAGUCAUGUGCCCUUGGAGGUCGGGAGCCUCUAGCUUCCCAGCUGAGAAGAGCCCAGUCCUAAUUCUCCAGGCUGCCCCUCCCUUCAAGACACCUGUUAACCCCUGGGCUGGAACUGUGGUUGGUUCCUUCCACUCCUACCCCAUAACCGUAACACACUCCUGAGCUGUGCAGAGUACUCAGCCAGGCUUACGGGUCAGUGAUCACUGCCUCUCAGGCUACCCCAGGAUGGUCUAGCCCUUCCUAGAAGCUCUGUGAACUUGUGGGCCUGCUCAGCCUGUUUGCAUAGGAGCAAAGUUCCUGUGCCUGUUACUGCCUCAUGUCUUGGUGCCUGAGAACCCCAGGCCUGGAUGCAGUAGUUCUGCAGAGGCCCCUCUCAGAGCCCUGACAUUAAAAUUCAGGGGUUCUGUGGCUA